CUAUGAUCUAAUAUACUGUAAGUGCGGUAAGUCAGUGCGUUGGUUGGUCUGCGUGUGUCUGUGGGCUGGGGAGAGGUGCGGCGUGCGCCCAGGUUUUUCCUCCUACAGCUCGCGCUCUAAAUGCCAUCAGCCCUUCCAUCUGUGUGUCAUUUCGCCUGCACAUCUGCAGCAGAUCAGAAAAAAACUCACCGGCAAAGUCAGUUCCACAGGUGACCAAAGGCAAUCAAUUUAAAAAGAAGAAACCUGUGGAUUAAACGUCGCUGGAGUUUGGACAGAUACUUUUUUCUUUUCUUGCUUGUGUUAUACCGAUUAUUUUUGUGUAUAUGAACAUUUGCUGCCAACAAUGGAAGUAACUGCGGAUCAGCCCCGGUGGAUGGGCCAUCACCACCCAGCGGUACUAAACGGUCAGCAUCCCGACACGCACCACCCGGGUCUCGGCCACUCGUACAUGGACCCCUCUCAGUAUCCCCUCACCGACGAUGUGGAUGUACUGUUUAAUAUCGAAGGACAGGGCAACCACGUCUCUCCGUAUUACGGAAACUCCGUCAGAGCCGUCCAGAGAUACCCGCCUCCCCCUCACAGUAGUCAGGUGUGUCGUCCACCCCUGCUUCACGGUUCGCUGUCCUGGCUGGACAGCAGCAAAGCCCUCGGCACGCACCACAGCACGUCCCCGUGGAACUUGAGUCCCUUCCCCAAGACCUCGCUGCACCACGGCUCUCCCGGGGCCCUUUCUGUCUACCCGCCGACAUCGUCCUCCUCCCUGUCUGGAGGCCACUCCAGCCCACACCUCUUCACCUUUCCCCCGACUCCUCCUAAAGAUGUCUCACCGGAUCCGGGGAUCUCUACCCCGGGCUCAAGCAGCUCUGGCCGCCAGGAGGAAAAAGAGUGCAUUAAGUACCAGGUGUCCCUAGCAGAAAGCAUGAAACUGGAGUCGGCCCACAGCCGGAGCAUGGCAUCAAUUGGAGCGGGAGCAUCAUCCGCUCACCACCCCAUCGCCACUUACCCAUCCUAUGUCUCAGACUACGGCCCAGGCCUCUUCCCACCAAGUAGCCUGAUAGGUGGGUCAUCUUCUAGUUAUGGUUCCAAAACAAGACCAAAAACAAGGUCCUGUUCAGAGGGUAGAGAAUGCGUUAAUUGCGGAGCCACUUCCACCCCUUUGUGGAGGAGAGAUGGCACGGGUCACUAUUUGUGUAACGCCUGCGGACUCUAUCACAAGAUGAACGGACAGAACCGGCCACUUAUCAAACCCAAGAGACGGCUGUCUGCAGCUAGAAGGGCAGGGACGUCGUGCGCAAACUGUCAAACGACCACGACGACUCUUUGGCGGAGAAAUGCAAACGGGGACCCUGUGUGUAACGCGUGCGGGCUUUACUACAAACUGCACAAUAUUAACAGACCACUGACCAUGAAGAAGGAGGGCAUUCAGACCCGAAACCGCAAGAUGUCCAGCAAGUCCAAGAAGAGCAAAAAGUCCCACGACAGCAUGGACGAGUUCUCCAAGAGCCUCAUGGACAAGAGCAGCUCCUUCAGCCCCACAGCCCUGUCCAGACACAUGGGCUCCUUCCCCCCGUUCUCCCACUCGGGCCACAUGCUGAGCACCCCUACGCCCAUGCACCCCUCGUCCAGCCUGCCCUUCGCCCCCCACCACCCCUCCAGCAUGGUCACCGCCAUGGGGUAGGCGUGCCUCGCUGACGGACAGUUCUACAUUGGUUCCCCCCCCCCCACCCCUCCUCUAUCCCAACCCCCCACCUCUCCCACUCUCCUCCUCCCCUUCUCCCUCCCAACCUGCCCUACCCUUACCCUCCCCCCCCCCCCUCCCCCAUCCCGCUCCAAAAUGAACAAGUGUACCUCUGAAAAACUGAGAGCCCCGAAGACUGAACAGCUGCCUCUCUGCUUCAGGAGACCGGUUUCUCCAUGCUGGGAAACAGGCCACCACUGCUCCUGGAGCUAGCUGUGUCCGUGGGUCUGUCUGCGACCAACCACUGAAUCCCCAAUCCAUUUGUGUACAGAAGCAAUUUUUUCCACAAAUAAGGUAAAAACAACAGACUGCCUGUUCCCCCAGCCAUACUCACACCCCCCCAUACACCCUCCCACCAUCCCUUGUCACCCCCUCCCCCCCCUGUGAAACAGGGGUUCCCCUGUACUGUGAAAAAGAGAGAGGAGAUGUGGACUUUGAACAUAUUUGUACAGAUUGUAUGAAAUACAGUACAUUUAAUGAAGACUUUUUAAUGAAAAUAUGCCCAUGGGCAGCUACGACAAGAAUGGUACGAUGUGCGGCAGAAGGGACCAUCGCAGACGCCUGCCGCAGUAGGAGGGCCUCCCUGUGGCUCCUGGUUCGAAAGAGAAAGUCGCCGAUGCAAACGGCCAGGCCUCCUUAUUUUAUGGCAGGUGUUAUUUUAUGCAUUAAACCGUUUGGACAGACUGAUCACACAGAGUGCAGGAGUCCCUGUAGGAUAUGCUAUAGGUCCUGGGCAAUUUGUUUGUUACCAUACAUACGCACGCUGGCACGCACGCACACACACAUGCACACACACACACAAACACACAGGCGCGCGCACACACACACACACACACACACACAAACCCAUGCACGCACAUAUGCCCAUGUGUUUUCUCACUCUCUCUCACACACACACGUACACGCACACACACACACGCACAUUGCCAUGCAGCUCACCUGAAAGACAUUCUUCCGGCCCACAGAUUAUAUGCAUUGUGAACAAGUUCCUGUAUUUGUUAUUUGUAUGUAUAAUUCAGAGUACCAAAAAUAUGAAAGAAACAAAGAUGUAGAAUUAUUUCUUUAUGUAAUGCAGACUGAAUGGUUGUAUAAAUUUAAUAAUUGCUAGUGUAAAAAAAGACUGCUUUUUUUGUUUCGUAAUUUUUUUUUUCUUUCUUUGAAAAAAAUAAUAAACUAGUUUAAACUCUGUUGACAUCA